UCCUCAAUUGCAGCCACCACGCCGAUUAAUUAGAGGCGUUGCGCAAAUUAAAGUUCAAUCAACGAAGCUCGUACCGCUGAAUCGAUCGCCGAAGAUGCAGUGCGGCCUGGAGCAGAUGAACGACUGUGAGCGGUCGCCGAACCGGACGAACCUCCGGGUCAACUUCAACGAGAAGGGGUCGGAGGUCAAGGAGCGCCGGGAGAAGUUCCUGACGGCCAAGUACGGGUCACACCAGAUGAGCCUCAUCCGCAAGCGACUGGCCGUCGAGAUGUGGCUGUACGAUGAGCUCCAGAAGCUCUUCGAUCCACCAAACGAGGCCAUCGAUGUGGACAUCGACGAGAUCCUAGAUAUGGACACAGAUGACAUCAGGAGAUCUCAUCUUAUAAGAUUACUGUCAGUCUGCAAACGCCCGCAAUCAGACAUAUCGAAGUUCAUCGGCGAUCUGUUGGAUCGUGCAAAAACCCUGUAAAUCGCCAGCCCCUCAUUCGAGAAAUCAUCCAGCAGACCUACACAUAUAAUAUGCAGAUAAACAAUAAAUACCUAGAUCAUUAAGUUUAGCUCGGAACACAAAGAACAAAGAAUUCAGUUUGCAAGUCUUUAACUCUUUCAAUUCGAAAACUGUGUUGACUUUUUCCCUGUACUUUAGUUGUUAGCUUGUAUCUUUGCGCUGAAUAAUUUGAAGUUUAACCUAAUUUAAGCCACCCUUGAAAAUGAUUAAAAUGAUGAAGAUCAUUAGCCCUAAGCUUAUGGUGUAAUGCCGCGAAAACAAAAUACUUCAUCAAUUUUGUGAUGAUAUUUUUUAAAUAAAACACAAACACGAUAUGGCCGAAAACCAAAAGCAAA